AUGGCUCAGCUUUCUCAUUGUAAGCUUCUCCGACGGAGACCCGCUCUCCAUCCCAAUCCUUUCUACACCUUCUCCACCGCCGAAGCUCUCUCUGACCCAGACCCCUCUCAUGGGUCACCCCAACCCGAAUCUCAACCUGAAUCCCAACCCGUUCCCCCUGGCCAGAAUAAUCUGGAACUCGUCAUCUGCCGAAUGAUGGCGAACCGCGCCUGGACCACCCGCUUGCAGAACUCGAUCCGCUCCCUCGUCCCGCGCUUCGAUCCUUCCCUCGUCUACAACGUCCUCCAUGGCGCCGAAUCGCCGGAACACGCGCUCCACUUCUACCGGUGGGUGGAACGCGCCGGCCUCUUCACCCACACCCCCGACACCACUCUCAAGAUCAUCCAAAUCCUCGGCCGCUACUCCAAACUCAACCACGCGCGCUGCAUCGUCCUCGACGACACGCACGGCCGCGCUGCUGCCACUGAAGACGCAUUCGUCUCUCUCAUUGACAGCUACGGCCGCUCCGGGAUCGUGCAGGAAUCAGUGAAGCUCUUCCAGAAGAUGAAGGAGCUCGGCGUGGAACGCACCGUUAAGUCCUACGACGCGCUCUUCAAGGUCAUUCUCCGUCGCGGACGCUACAUGAUGGCCAAGAGGUACUACAACGCGAUGCUGCGGGAGGGCGUGGAGCCCACGCGCCAUACUUUUAAUAUUCUGCUCUGGGGUAUGUUUUUGUCGUUGAGAUUGGACACCGCUGUUAGAUUUUACGAGGAGAUGAAGACUAGGGGUGUUUUGCCUGAUGUUGUGACUUACAACACUUUGAUUAACGGGUAUUUUCGGUUUAAGAAGGUGGAGGAUGCGGAAAAGUUGUUUGUGGAGAUGAAGGGGAGGGACAUUGCCCCCAAUGUGAUAAGUUUUACCACCAUGUUGAAAGGGUAUGUUGCCGCGGGCCGGAUUGAUGAUGCCAUGAAGGUUUUUGAGGAUAUGAAGAGCUGUGGAAUUAAGCCAAAUGCCGUCACGUUCUCCACACUGUUGCCGGGGCUGUGUGAUGCUGAGAAGACGGUGGAGGCCAGGGAUGUUUUGGGGGAGAUGGUGGAGAGGUACAUUGCACCGAAGGAUAAUGCUGUGUUUGUGAAGCUGCUGAGUGUUCAGUGUAAGUCCGGGGAUUUGGAUGCGGCUGCAGAUGUGCUGAAGGCGAUGAUUAGACUGAGCAUUCCCACCGAGGCUGGGCACUAUGGUAUGUUGAUUGAGAGUUUUUGCAAGGCGAAUGUGUAUGACAAGGCGGAGAAGUUGUUGGACAAGUUGAUUGAGAAGGAGAUUGUGCUGCGGCCGCAGAAUGCUUUUGAGAUGGAGGCUAGUGCUUAUAAUUUGAUGAUUGAGUAUUUGUGUGAGCAUGGGCGAACUAGUAAGGCAGAAAUGUUCUUCCGUCAGUUGUUGAAAAAGGGUGUGCAGGAUUCGGUUGCUUUCAAUAGUUUGAUCCAGGGACAUUCGAAGGAAGGCAACCCUGAUUCUGCCUUUGAGAUUAUAAAGAUCAUGGGUAGGAGAGGGGUUCCUAGAGAUGCAGAUUCCUACAGGUUGCUUAUUGAGAGUUACCUGAGAAAGGGAGAGCCGGCUGAUGCUAAAACAGCUUUGGAUAGCAUGCUAGAGAGUGGGCAUAUUCCUGAAUCGUCACUAUACAGGUCGGUUAUGGAGAGUUUGUUUGAUGAUGGCAGGAUUCAAACUGCAAGCAGAGUAAUGAAGAGUAUGGUGGAGAAGGGGGUGAAAGAGAAUAUGAAUUUGGUUUCUAAGGUAUUGGAGGCCCUUCUAAUGAGAGGUCAUGUGGAAGAAGCUUUGGGGAGAAUUGAGUUGCUUAUGCAUAAUGGGUGUGAGCCUGAUUUUGACAACCUUUUAUCUAUUCUUUGUGAGAAAGAAAAGACAAUUGCUGCUCUCAAACUGUUAGAUUUUGUUCUUGAGAGAGACUGUAUCAUAGAUUUUUCAAUCUAUGAUAAGGUUUUGGAUGCUCUCUUAGCAGCAGGGAAGACCCUCAAUGCGUAUUCCAUUCUAUGUAAAAUUCUGGAGAAAAGAGGAUCAACAGAUUGGAGAAGCCGUGAAGAGCUGAUCAAGAGCCUUAAUCAGGAGGGGAACACUAAGCAAGCAGAUGUUUUGUCGAGAAUGUUCAAGGGAACAGAUGGAGGAGGUCCUGUGAAGAGAGAAGGAAAGAGAAAAGCUAGUGUAGCUACGUAA